AUGUGACGUUAUGCACCUCGAGUUCCCUUGUGGACGACAAUGCUUCAACUCCACCGCAUGAUCGAUUGCCAGGACACGACAGGAAUACGGACGUAUAGAGACAACAUGACACAGGCACCACAACCUCGGGAUGCAAAGGUCAUCUCCUUGAUCUUACAAUCACUCUCUGUCGAGGAUGCAGAGCAAAAAGUUAUUCAUCAACUGCUCGAGUUUGCACAUCGCUACACAACGGACGUUUUCCAGGACGCAUUACUGUAUUCUGAGCACGCCGGCAGGACCGAAGUAGGACUCGACGAUGUGAAACUCGCGAUCCAGGGUCGUGUCAACCACUCCUUCACCUCACCACCACCCAAAGAGUUUCUUCUCGAGCUUGCAGAGGAAAAGAACAAGGUCCCUUUGCCCUUAAUCCCCGAAAAGUACGGCAUCCGUCUCCCUCAUGAGCGGCAUUGUCUAACCACUGUCAACUUCCAGCUCAUUCCUGAGGUACGGCUCCACUAGCUUCGGCUUUUUCGAAUCUCUUUGCGCCUGUGCUGUGUCCAACAUUGGACUAUGCCGUUGCUAUAUAGUAUAUGUGAUAACAGUUGUCAUCUUGAGGGGGGGUUUUUUUUUAUACACUUCAGCUUCCACCGCCAGGUACCCACCACAAUUCACUAUCGCAAUCGACAAACGCCAUGGAUAUAUCUAUAUCAUCGUCAGGAGCAAUAGGAUCACAAUCGACCGAUACAGGAGCACCAUCAUUGUUCAAGGUCAAGGAUGAGGACGAGGAUUCGGACGAGGAGAUGAAGGAGGUCUCGGAGGAACCGCUUUCACAGAACCAACAGAAUAUGGUGAACCAUGACCUCUGGAAACGCAAGCGGGUAGACGAGGAGGAGAACUAUGACGACGAGUAGCUUGACAAUCGAUAGGCUGCUGUCUAUCGGCCAUCAUCGGUCGAAUAAACGGAAUGGAAAUGUAUAAUACCAAACACGA